AUGGAGGUCAUCUUCAAGGAGGGACUGCUUUACCUUCAGGGUGCCAAAUUUGGAAAAAAAACAUGGCGCAAAGUAUGGAUGGUGCUUUACAAACCCAGCUCUAUGGGGGUUGGCCGGAUGGAGUUCUACGCCGUAGCCGACAGCAGUUCUCUCACUGAGCAAAAGAGGGCUGCUCGGCAGAAAACGGCUGAAAGAAAAGUCGUGCGUCUAACUGACUGUCUCAGCAUCACACCUGCACCAAAGGAGUCUUGUCCUGCUGGCUGCGCGGCCUUCUACCUAAACACCACACAGACCACCUACACCUUAGCCUCCACGUCAAGCCAGGACUGGCUGAGUGCCCUCUGUCUUCUAGCCUUCCAGAAGGAUCCUGGAGAAUCAGACAAAGGGGAUUUUGAGGGAGGAAAUGGCUUAACCAUGGCAGACAAUGACCUUUAUGCAUCUUGGAAAAGUGAUCUGACUCUUCCUCCGAACCAGUACCAAGUGACUAUCCAGAGCACAGAGGCAUCCAAGAGGUGCAAGCUGUCUGGGGAGUAUCUGGUCUCCAUAGAUACAGAGACUAUGGUACUGCUAGCCACGAGUACUCGUUACAUCAUUUACCGCUGGCCAUACAAGCUCCUACGCAAGUUUGGACAGAUUGAGGGGGGAUUCAGCAUCGAAGCGGGCCGUCGCUGCGAGUCGGGACAGGGAGUGUUCAUCUUUCUGACCCGGCAUGGUCCCCGGAUUGUUCAGACUAUAUCUAAGCAUUGUACAGUGGAGAGGAAUUCAGAGAGGCAGGGACUCAGUGCUCAAAGAUCAUUAUGUGACCUGUCUCCUGCUACCCUUCCUGCCACAGCUUACUCACUUGCUGAUCCUGCCAUCUACAAUCUUGCAGAUGUUUCUGCUGACACAGAGAACAAGUUUGCCAAUGAUUACCCUAUUUAUGACGACCCUGUACAGCAGCUAUCGCUUGUCAAGCCUCAUCCCUCUUGCAGCAAGGAGGCUGUGGGAGAGGAUGAUGACAAUGAGAAAGAGUUGUACCAUUCCCUGGAGGCUCUAAACCUGGAUAACGUCAUUGAAGACAGCAUUUAUUGCAAUGUGAGGAGAGGCACGCCUCCUUCUACGAGAAAAGCUGAGCUAGAUAAUUCAGAGUGCGUCUAUUCCAGCAUGAUAAAAGUUGAUUCUCUGCCAAACACCCAGCAUGAGCCUUCCUACACACUCUCAACGUUGCCUCUACCCCAGCCUCCUCCCAUAUCGGCUAUUUAUGCCAUAGCCAAACCCAAAAACCAGCAUGUGCUCCCUGUGAAUAACUCCUUCCAGCAAGGAUACAAUACACAAGCAGACCACUAUGAAGAUGACAUAAGUGAGACUGAGGAGGCCAGCAGCUCCCCUGCUCAAGUAACCCCCUCGGAGAUGCCUGGCAGUUUUAAACACAGACUGGCAGAAAUCAUUUCUAAGGACUUGGCAAAGUUCCAGCCUUCUCUUCCCUACGGAGCAGGCAGCCUCACAUUUUCUGAGUAGACUAUCAGUUAACAGACAGACUAGACAGAACCACUUUAUCUGUGAUAAAUUGUUAUAAAACACAAUUAGUUUCUUUGCUAAUGUAAAAUCCCCCUCCACUGGGAACGUGCAGUUCGGCGUUUUGGCUUGCAAAAUUUGUUUGAUUGUUUUUGCAGCUUGUUUUAUGAAAGAUGCACCUGGAAUACAUUUGAUCCGUGGAUGCUAUUGCAAAAAUAAGAUUUAUUUUGUUUUCGCCUUCACUGCGGGGAAUGUUAGGUGAAUACCGGGACAGUUUCAUAAUGCUGGGAAAGAAAACAGAUGAUGUCUCCUUGUUAUAUUUAAUGCGCUACACAUCAUCAUCAUCAUCAUCAUCAUCUCUGGAAUAGGUUUGCUUUCUUAAGCGGAGUCAGGGGGUUUUGUCACAUAUAAACCAACAGCUAUAAAACAGAGCAGAAAAAAGAGCAAUAACCCACACUGUACUUUGGUGUAAAUACUGCAUGUAUUGCUGACAAUCUCCAAUAAUUUAAAAAGCACACUCUUAUCUUAAGUAUAUCUUUAUUGUAUCAAAACAGCCAUCAUAAAAUACCCUUAACUAUACAUAAAUAGAAAAAUACUUGUUUUGUUUUUUUUAAUUAGACAAAUGUCACUAAUGAAAGUGGAAAUGUCUCUAGUAGUUCUGGGCAUAUAAAGUGCAAAAAAAGGGGCCUAUAAGAGUCCAUUGCAUCCUCAUGAAUCAACAAAUUCAAAGAUCUUAGCAGGUGUUUCUGAGUUUUACCUGUGCUUUUUUACAGGUAGUGCAGCAUCUAAACUAUUUAUUAUUAAGACAGGACACUAUGCAGUAAGACUGUCUCAUCAGUUGAUGUCUUCUGCCAUAUAAACGUCUGGAAACAAGUUAGAAGUCAGUGGUAUUUACUUUCUGAUACUGUCUACUAUUCUGACCCUCCUCUGCAUCACUGAGAUGUGAAGAUUCCCCAUCGCUGCUGCUGGAAGAAGCCCCUGAUUUAUUUGAUUCCAUGUCCGAUGUAGGUCCAAGUAAAAUCAGAUGGCCAAUAGAGGCGGAGGGGUCUCCGGUCAGAGGGUUCUG